AAAGGACGAUUCUCAAAAAAGCCAAAUGACUACUGAAACAACUGAUCCUUCUGCACAAGAAGUUGAUGAGGAUGGCUACGUAAUCCAACCAAAUGUCACUCAUGACUGGAAUAAUGAAAAAGGAAGCUUUUAUUCUUCAUCCGACUCGGAUUCAGAUGAUGAGAGGGGGCGCAAAAUACAUGUCGAAAUAAAACCCUUGAACAAUGGUUCUGCUCCCAUGUCGGCCUCUGUUGAUGAAUUGAGAGCAACUGUAGAAAGUAUUCGUUUGUCUCCGACAGGAGGAUUCGCCAGGCGCGGAUCAAACUUAGAAACAGAUCCUUCAAUGAAAAGAUCACAAUCUGUCUCACAAUAUCUGGGAAAACCCAGUAGUGAUCUGUUGGGUCUGAAUUUUAUACAAAGUCCCACAGCUUCUAACGCUUCAACUCCAAUAAGUUCCCAUCCUUAUGCACCACUCCAAAGUCCGUCUCAGCUGGCAUUGAAUUCGCCUACAUUGUCGAUUUCUUCCAGAUAUGCAG